UCGGGUAGAUAGGAGCGGCGGAGCGGCGCAGACCGCGGCGGCCCCGCCCUGCCCGGCACCCCGGCCCCUGCCCCGGCCCGCGCGCUCAGGGGUGUGGGCCGGAACCAUGAGCUCCUACCUGGAGUACGUGGCGGGCGCCAGCGGCGGCGGCGACGUGCUGAGCUUCGCGCCCAAGUUCUGCCGCGCCGACGCCCGGCCCGUGGCCCUGCAGCCCGCCUUCCCCCUGGGCAGCGGCGACCGCGCCUUCGUCAGCUGCCUGGCUCUGGCCGCCGCCCGGCCUGCGCCCUCGCCCCCCGCCGCCCCCGCGCCGCCCUCGGCCGCGCCCCCGUACGCGCCGUGCAGCCUGGAGGGGGCCUACGAGGCGGGAGCCGCCCCGGCCGCGGCGGGGGGCGCCGACUACGGCUUCCUGGGGCCCGGGCCCGCCUACGACUUCCCGGGCGCACCGGGGCGGCCGGCCGACGACGGCGGGGCGCAAGUCCACUACGCCACCUCAGCCGUCUGCUCGGGCGGCGGCCCCUUCCUCCUCAGCGGACAGGUGGACUACGCGGCCUUCGGCGAGCCCGGCCCCUUCCCAGCGUGUCUCAAGGAGCCCGCCGACGGCCACGCUGGGGUCUUCCAGACUGCGUCCCCGGCGCCCGGCGCCUAUCCCAAGUGCGCCUCCCCGGCCUCCGGCCUCCCCGCCGCCUUCAGCACGUUCGAGUGGAUGAAAGUGAAGAGGAACGCCCCCAAGAAAAGCAAACUCGCCAAGUAUGGAGCCGCUAGCCCCUCCAGCGCGAUCCGCACGAACUUCAGCACCAAGCAACUGACAGAACUGGAGAAGGAGUUUCAUUUUAAUAAGUACUUAACUCGAGCCCGACGCAUCGAGAUAGCCAACUCCUUGCAGCUGAAUGACACCCAGGUCAAAAUCUGGUUCCAGAACCGCAGGAUGAAACAGAAGAAAAGAGAACGAGAAGGGCUUCUGCCCUCGGCCACGCCCGUGGCUUCUCUCCAACUUCCCCUCUCAGGAACGAGUCCCACCAAGUCGGGCAAGAACCCGGGGAGCCCUUCUCAGGCCCAAGAACCAUCAUGAGGUUUAGUCUUUAGGCUGAGGAACCUUGGCCUGCAGAAGUCAUAGGCCACCCCAUCCCUUUCUAGACUUGCUCAGUUCGGGAGGGAGGUGGGCAUGGGCAGAAAUUAAUAGAGGUUUCACUUGGGAGAGGAAGUAUCUCAGUCGGCUUCUGAGUUCCGGGCUAGGAGUGUACAGAUAUUAAUUUCAGGUCUCUUAAGCCACUCGUUUGUGUAUUACUUGUGUCUUAUCAGGGAAAAGGUGCCCAGCCCAGCCCUGCUGCUAUGUUGUGUAACUUAGUCAUAUGCAAUUCUUGGGUGCAGAGUGGCAGAGCAGUAGUUGCUGAGCUCUGCCAACUCCCUGUUGUGCUCAGAAGAGCAUCUGCCCAAAAUUUUUCUGGUUUUAAUCUAAAGGGCAAGGCUACCUGUAUGCAGCUCCUUGAGAUGACCAAAGCUAGUUAGGGCCUCUUGAUGUAGCUAAGCUGCUUCAAUGAUCUUCACAUUUGCAUUCCAGUUCUUUUCUUUUUCUUUAAAAACCAGUUUCUACCUCUCCAUGUGCCUGAGUGAAGAAGAUACAAUCGCUAUUUAGUUAGUAGCUGAACACAUCCAUAGGGCAGGUAAAGAUUAGAACCUCAACUACAUCUUGAUACUAGUUACUCAAACUUGAGUGUAAAUAUAUACAGUGUGUAUAUUUUUUAAAAGGUUUGCUUGCAAUGAACUUAUGUAUGACAUUUAAUGUCAGAGCAUGUAAAGGGUUUGAAC